AUGCACAACAAUCUUACCAUAAAUGGAAAAAUUAUUUUGUCAACUAACUUGCCAAAAAAGGACUUUACAGUGCCUCUUAGUAAUAUACAACAGUAUAUUGAUCUUCCAUCUAAAGAAAUUAAUUUGAUUGCUGCUGUCAUAGACAUUCGUCCUAAACGUCAAAUACACAAUCGUCAUGGAGAAGCUACAAUCCAAGAACUUGUUCUUGUGGAUAAUGAGUUUAACAUAGCUACACUUACAAUGUGGAAUAAUUUUGUUGACAACGAAUGUGCUGCAAUCUCAAACAUCAUUCAUAAGAAACCAAUUAUGAUUGGAACACGACUCAAAGUGUUUUGCUACAAUGGCAUGUCAAUAUCCACAAAAAACUCAAGCUGCUUUUUAAUUGAACCACAGUUGGAAGUUGCUAAAGAUCUUCGUGCCUGGUAA